AUACACCAGUGAAAACCAGCUACGUCACACACCGGCUCAGCCUCAGAGUAGGUUUAUCCAGAGUGGGCUAGGAAUCAAGGAUAUUUGUGUUGGUCUCCGUCAUAAGAAGUAAUCGGCCAAGAGUUUGCGCUCUGCAAAAAAAGAAUCAAAUCCUUCCAAUCAUCAGAUCUUGAUUUCCAAAUGUUAUCUAAAUCUCAGUGAAGUAGAAGAUAACAUUGCACCCCAGCCCUGUACAUUUGAAAAGGUGUCGACCAAAGAGAUGAUGACUGAUUUGCAGGACCAUGGUGAUGAAAGCAGUUAUGAGGUCCCUGGAGGGAUGAGGCCUUUGUCUACAGAUGAAGUCUUUCGUGAGUCAUCGCUCUACUCCAGAGCCACCAGGGACGAGCUCCCACUCAGUACUGGGGACAUGGACGGGGCCUGGGACACUGACAGUGGGAGCAGAGGACGCAGGGCCCACCACAGCAGACUCUCAGAGGACAAGAAGAGCAGUUAUGAUGAGUUUGUUUCAUCGGACAAAGGACUUCUGCUGAAAACUCUCAUUGAUGCCGAAUCUGCUGCCAACUCGGCUGCCAUUCAGCUGGUGUCUUUUAAGGACAUCUUGGACGAUGACUUUGGGGACUCGAGGUGCUCCAGUGAUUUGCGCUUGUCCAGGCAGAAAGGCCUUUUGUUAGAUAAGUUGGAGGUCUUCAAGCGUAUCAACAAGUCUGUCCGCCAACAGCUGAAAGAGCUACAGGAUCAAGAGGCAUGCCGCAUGGAGACAGACAGACAAAUUGAUGUGUUACUGAAGAGGCUGACACAGACAGAGAGUGAAAAUCAGCAUUUGAAAUCCAAUCUGAGUGACCGAGAGAGAAGAGUAGAGGAACUGAUGUCUCUACGGAAAAAAGAAAUGGAGAAUGCAGAGUCCGUGGUCCAGCAGUCCAGAUCAGUGGAGUCCACUCGGGCGCACCUCCAGAAUCAGCUCCGCAGCAAAGAGGCUGAGAACAACCGCCUGACUGUCCAGCUCAGGGGUUUGGAGAGGACAGUCACCGAACAGAAGUUAGAAAUUGACGACAUGAAGGGUCAGAUCAAUGCUGUCUUGGAGAAGGCGGCACAGGAGAAGGAUGCCCUGAAGAGGGCCACCCGAGCUCAGAAGCAGAGGGCCGAAAGGUUUGAGGCGGCCAUGGAGAAAGGCUACGACCAGCUGAGAGACAAGGACGUGAAUCUAGCAGAGAUGCGCGCUGAGAGAGACAUGUGGAAGACUCAGCACGAGCAGAUCGCUGAGGAGAAGGUGCAUCUGGACACAGAGAUCACCAUUCUGCGCGAUCAAAUCACAAGCCUGACUGACGAGCUGCUGAAGGAGAAGGAUGCAGCAAGUGCUGCCAAUGCCGUUCUGCUCAAGAAAGUGGAGACCCUGAACACUGAGAACGGCGAGCUUGGCCUGGAGAAUGCAACACUCAAGGCCUCAAUUUCGGAGUACGAGUAUAAGUUGGAGCACUCUUUAACCGUGUACCAGGAACACAGCACACGAUCUGAAGAGAAGAAAAGCCAGCUGGAGCAGUACCAAAUUCAGAUAGCGGAGUUACAAACAGAGGUCACUGACUUGAGAAUAAAGCUGGAAAGCUUCUUAAAGGAGAAAGACAAUAUCAUAGACGGAAGACAUGCUGAGGUUGCCAAGGCGCGGGAGCAGCUUGAGAGCCGAGUGCUGGAGCUUGAGGCCUGCCCCGAGCUCCUGAGUGCUACUGAGCAGCACCUGCUGGACAGCCAGGACAACCUGCAGCGCUCCGAGAGGAAGUACGCGGAGCGGGCCGAGGCCCUCCGCCAGCACCAGGCUAAGGCCGAGCGACAGCUGGAGAAACUGAGGUCCUCUGUCGAGAUGAAGGAUUCAAUUAAUGAAGCCAACAGUCAGCUGCAGGAGAAAGUGGAAUCCCUUCAGAAGCGCAUGGAGGAGGCCCAUGCUGAGAACAGGGAGCUGGUGCACAGGCUUGGGGCCCAGGAGGAGGCCUUGCACUACAGCAGCCGUCAGCUGGAGCAGCGCUCCGCAGAGUGCCAGGCCCUCAGCCGCCAGCUGGAGACCGCCCUCACCGACGUCCGUCUGCAGGUGUCCAAGGUGAAGGAAAAGACAUCGACCCGAGAGGUCAAUCUGCAGGCCCGGAUCCAGGAGCUGGAAGCCGAGAAAAACAGGAAGGAGAACGAGCUGAAGCAGCUCAGGCAGAGCAAGAUAUCGAGUGAGAAGCAGUAUGAAGUACGCCUCAAAGACCUGCAGCUGAGCCUGGAUCAGUCAGAAAGCCACAAGCAAAGCAUUCAAAACUAUGUGGAUUUCCUCAAAAACUCCUACUCCACUAUGUUUGACGAGGGUCUCCCAUCAAGCUUGGGAUCAUCUUAUUUCUUAAAGUAAUGCUUGCAGGUCUACUUUCUGUUUGUUCUACAUGUUUGUGUUUGUGAGUCUGUGUUCCUGUCACUGUGUAAGCAUAUCAGAGAUAAUCAUUGUUGUGCUAUAUUACAAGAGAAAAUUCUGUGGAAUUCACCCUCCAAAUGUAAUCUGUGACCAGUUCCAUGGGUUGUAUUUAUACAUUUUAUAUAUUUAUUUGUAUAGACAGAUCUAUAUUAUUUCAUGGUUUAAAUUAUUAAAAUAUUUCCUAAGUCA